AUGGGAUUGAGAUCGACAUUAGAAGAAUGCAUCCUGCAACCCUCGCUUGUUGGUAAUUACGUGACCGCUCCCGCACCACCCCCCUCUAUUUCCCCCUCGGCACCAUCCCCUCCGGUCGCAUCUUCUUCUGGUCCUAUGCCUUCUACCUCUUCCACUUCAUCCACCUCCUCCGCACCUUCAUCAACAUCCUCCGUCGAUGCUACUGCUCCCUCGCCAUCAUGUUCUUCCACUCCGUCUCCUUUAAGAAUUAGGGAAAAAGAGGCGUCCAGGGAAUCAGGGAAAAAGAGAAGGGACUGGGAAGUGGCAGGUGGCGGCUCACUCUUUGGCAGUGACCACAGCAAUGAAAAUGGCAAGAACAACAGCGAUUCAAGGUGUCAUGACCAUGGCGUUGUUAAAAGCAGUCAUCUUUUCAGAUUCACUUCGGACUUCCUAUACUACGCGGAAGUCGUCGCUCCAACAGCGGGGAAUGACGGGGAGCAAGCAGUCGGUGUCAUUUAA